AUGUCUACAAAUACCACAAACUCAGUAGUUGCUAACGAAUGGACUGCCUCUAAAGUCAGAUCCACCUUUUUGGACUUCUUUACCAAGAAAAAGGGCCACACAUAUGUCCCAUCAUCAUCGGUGGUUCCUCACAAUGAUCCAACUCUUUUAUUCGCCAAUGCUGGUAUGAAUCAAUAUAAACCUAUUUUCUUGGGUACUGUUGAUCCAGCUAGUGAUUUUGCCAGUUUGAAAAGAGCUGCCAAUUCCCAAAAGUGUAUUAGAGCCGGGGGUAAACAUAACGAUUUGGAAGAUGUUGGUAGAGAUUCUUACCAUCACACUUUCUUCGAAAUGCUUGGUAACUGGUCAUUUGGCGACUAUUUCAAGAAGGAAGCCAUUGACUGGUCCUGGGAAUUAUUAACUCAAGUUUACGGGUUAGACAAGGAUAGAUUGUAUGUCACCUAUUUUGGUGGUGACGAAAAACAAGGCUUGCAACCAGAUUUGGAAGCCAAACAAUUUUGGUUGAAUGUUGGUGUUGCUGAAGACCAUAUUUUACCAGGUAGUGCCAAGGACAAUUUCUGGGAAAUGGGUGAUCAAGGGCCAUGUGGUCCAUGUUCGGAAAUUCAUUAUGACAGAAUUGGUGGUGGUAGAAACGCUGCUGAUUUGGUUAAUAUGGAUGAUCCAAAUGUUUUGGAAGUUUGGAACGUUGUCUUUAUUCAAUAUAACCGUGAACCAGAUUCAAGCUUGAGAACUUUACCAAAUAAACAUAUUGACACUGGUAUGGGUUUUGAAAGAUUGGUUUCUAUUUUACAAGAUAAAUCUUCCAAUUAUGACACUGACGUUUUUGGACCAAUCUUUGACAAGAUCACUCAAAUUACCGGUGUUAGACCAUAUGCUGGUAGAUUCGGUGCUGAAGACAAGGACGGUAUUGAUACUGCUUAUAGAGUCAUUGCUGAUCACGUUAGAACUUUAACAUUUGCCAUUUGUGAUGGUGGUGUCCCAAAUAAUGAAGGUAGAGGUUACGUCUUGAGACGUAUCUUGAGAAGAGGAUCUCGUUAUGUUCGUAAGUAUAUGAACUAUCCAAUUGGUUCAUUCUUCCAACAAUUGGUUGAUGUUGUUAUUGAACAAAACAAGGAAAUCUUCCCAGAAAUCGUUCAUGGUGCUUCUGACUUGAAGGAAAUCUUGAAUGAAGAAGAAGUUUCCUUUGCCAAGACUUUAGACCGUGGUGAAAAGUUGUUUGAACAAUAUGCCAUCAUUGCUUCCAAGACCCCAGAACAAACCUUGUCUGGUAAGGAUGUUUGGAGAUUAUACGACACUUAUGGUUUCCCAGUUGAUUUAACCAGAUUAAUGGCUGAAGAAGCUGGAUUAAAGAUUGAUGAACCAGGUUUUGAACGUGCCAAAGAAGAAUCUCGUGAAGCUUCUAAAGGUACCGGUACCAAGAACGGUACUACUUUGAUCAAAUUGGAUGUCCAUGCUUUGUCCAGCUUGGAAACUGAACUAGUUCCAAAGACUGAUGAUGAAUACAAAUAUGGUACUGAAAAUAUUGAAGCCAAGAUUGUUUCUAUUUAUGAUGGUGCUGAAUUUGUUACCAAGAUCAAUGAUUCUACCAAGCAAUAUGGUAUCUUAUUAGACAAGACUCCAUUCUAUGCUGAACAAGGUGGUCAAGAAUAUGAUACCGGUAAGUUAGUCAUUGACGGUAAGAGUGAAUUCACCGUUGACAAUGUUCAAGUUUAUGGUGGGUACGUUUUACAUACUGGUACCAUCACUGAAGGUGAGUUAUCUGUUGGUGAUUCCAUCAUUGCUUCAUAUGACGAGUUGAGAAGAUGGCCAAUCAGAAACAACCAUACUGGUACCCAUGUUUUGAAUUAUGCUUUACGUGAAGUUCUUGGUGACUCCGUUGACCAAAAGGGUUCCUUGGUUGCUCCAGAAAAGUUGAGAUUUGAUUUCAGUCAUAAGCAAGCUUUAUCUACUGCUGAAUUAGAAAAGGUUGAAGCCAUCUCUAACAAGUAUAUUAAAGACAACAAGACUGUUUACUACCAGGAUGUUUCCUUGAGUCAAGCUAGAGAAAUCAAUGGUUUAAGAGCUGUUUUCGGUGAAACUUACCCAGAUCCAGUUAGAGUUGUUUCUAUUGGUGUUCCAGUUGACACUUUAUUAUCCAAUCCUAAGAACCCAGAAUGGCACGAAGUUUCCAUUGAAUUCUGUGGUGGUACCCAUGUUGGUGAAACCGGAGAAAUCAAGGAUUUGGUUGUCAUUGAAGAAUCUGGUAUUGCCAAGGGUAUUAGAAGAAUUGUUGCUGUUACUGGCCACGAUGCUAGAAACGUUCAACGUUUAGCUUCUGAAUUUGACCAAGAAUUAGAUCUUGCUGACAAGUUGCCAUUUGGUCAAGAUAAGGAAGCCAGAGCCAAGGAAUUAGGUGUUAGAUUGAAGCAAUUGUCAAUUUCCGUAUUGGAAAAGCAAAAAUUGAAUGCCAAAUUCAACAAGUUGGACAAGUCCAUCAAAGACAAUCUCAAGGCCAUUCAAAAGGAAGAACUGAAGAAAACAUUGGAUGUUGUUAAACAAUGGUUAGACCAAGAAAAGCCUGCUGAUUUCCUUGUUAGCCAUGUUCCAAUCAAUGCCAACGCCAAGGCUAUAACCGAAGCUUUCAACUUAAUCAAGAAACAAGACAAGACCAAGUCUGUUUACUUGAUUACUGGUACUUCUGGUAAAGUUGCUCAUGGUUGUUAUAUUUCUGAUGAAGCAAUUGCUAAAGGUGUUGAUGCCACUGUUUUAGCCAAGGCUGUUAGUGACAAGAUUGGUGGUAAAGCUGGUGGUAAGGGUAACAUUGUUCAAGGUAUGGGUGAUAAGCCAGAAGGAAUCAACACCGCUGUUGAAGAAGUUACCAAGUUAUUAGCUGAGAAGUUGUAA